GCGUCGUUUGCGUGGGUAGUUGCGUCUUUGCACGUGCGAUUUGUGUUGACGCUCUGCGUUUUGAACUGGUCCUAAACGACUGUGCUCUCGUUGUUGACUGACAUGUUGCUAAAGAGUCACUGAGAUGUGGUUCAACGCGGACUGUUCUGCGGAAGUGCCAGGCAAGGAUUCCUUCCAAACUGCGCUGAGAGUUUGGAUCGACAAACCACACACUAUCAACAGGCGAUUGACUGGCGUCAAACCACUGCGCGAACGUGUCAUCAAGCCCGCUGUACUGAACUCCGACGAUGCUCUUUGCACUCUGAUAGAACAGCUCAGUGCUGUGGACGUGGAUGGACUUGACAGUGUGCUGGAGCCACUGACAGGUCACCCCGAGUGCUCCUGGAAGGACGCUUCUGAAAUCGUGGGAUAUGUGCUGGAAAGAGAACUGUUGCCGAAGCAAAUUGAUCGAUUUUCUCCCGUCAGGGAGGUGGUGAUGGUGUUCGGUGAUAGUGCUGUGUUUUACAACGCCUCCAAAACGUCCGCAGUGUCUCCCAGCAUCACCUACAGGCUACGCUUGAGUGAUGACUCGAGAAUUCAUUUGGAAUUCUACAAGUUCAAGUGCGAGGAUGAAGUGUCGGGAGCAUCGUGGCUCAAGGAGCACGUUCUGCCCAAGGUGACCAAAUGGGCUUGCAGCGAACCAACGACGAAAGGCAAGCAGCUGGUGGUGCCCUCGCUGAGCCAGGUGCCCAUCGAAAAGUACAACGCAAUGUACUUCAACCUGAAGAAGAAGUACGGCAAGCAUCUUUGCAAAAUUUGGCCUGAAACCACUGAUCCACUGAAAUACGUCUAUGAAGACAUUGCCAUUGCAAGCUACCUGUUGGCUGUCUGGGACGAAGAGAAACAAAAUGAUCAUGACGAAGCACCCACCUUCAUUGAUGUAGGCUGUGGCAAUGGGCUUCUCGUUUAUUUACUUGCAGCUGAAGGGUACGACGGCAUUGGUGUGGAUGUGAGAAAACGGAAAAUCUGGGAGCUCUUUGGAAGCAGUACGAAGUUACUGGAGCAACCCAUCACACCUGAAACACGUUUCCCAGAAUACAUGUGGUGGAUAGGAAACCACUCAGACGAGCUGACCCCUUGGAUUCCGUACCUGGCCUCGAGGUCGAGGCCCGAUGCACGGGUGUUCCUGCUGCCCUGCUGUCCUUUCACCUUCCACGGAAAGUACCAGCGGCAGCACGGUGGCAUGAGCCAGUACCAGUCGUACCUGCUGUUCCUGCAAGGCCUCUGCCACGACCUCGGCUUUGAUGUUACCUUGGACAGGCUGCGCAUCCCUUCGACCAAGAGGAUUUGCCUGGUAUGCAAGCCAGGAGAGCGAAAAGACCAGCAAGCCGCUGCCGAAGACAUCGAGGGCUUCAUUCCGAGCCGCAUCGACUUCCAGCAGGAGACCAGGCUAAAACAAGAACACGAGGCGCACGCGGAAAAGUUUGAGCCGAGAGCCAAGACGGAGGCUGUCCGCAACUGUACUCAGCUGGACAGGGAUUUUCUGGACUGCACGGUGGACCUCUUGGCCAAAAAGCUCCUGCAAUUGGGUGGCGACUCUUCUAGUGGACCACCCGAGUCUCCGGAAGAACAUCAUUGGCUCAAAGGAGGUAGCCUUCACCUGAGUGAGCUUGCAGACCUGCUGAGCAAAGAGGAUCUGAACAUGCUGAAGAGCCAGUGUGGGGGCCUCCAGACGCUGGUCAGAAACCACAAGCACAUCUUUCAAGUGGACAAAGGCCUGGUGUCGCUUAAUGUUCCCAAGUUGGCAGCUGAAAAGGUGGGCUCUUCCAAGAAGAACUCAGCCACGAAGCCACCGGGAAAGCGGAAACACUGUUGGUUCCACCGAAAUCAUCCACAGGGCUGCCCACUUCAGGGCGACGAGUGCACUUUCAUUCACGAGUAAUAAAGAACUUUAUACGCACAUUUAAAA